AAACAUCCAUUAUAUGUCAGAUCCUGAGCAAGGCCCGGAGCGAAACCAGCUCCAGCCCGCCCUGAUGAAUUUGGGAUCGGUCUCCUGGAGAUGAUAUCUUAAGGGUGGGAACCAGCCAUGCCCAGUCACCCUACAGGGGUGGGGGUCGUCACUUGGCUCUGCUCCCCUCACGAAGCUCCGCCCCCGGGAGUCACCGGGUUUUCAUUCCGGAAUGUUUUUUGUCUUCCUACCACGUUUCCCUCCGGACUCUUUUGAGUAACGACCACUUCCGGAGUCUCCCGGCAACUUGGUGUGUUCCGCCUGCCAAAGUCGGCGCUUUGACUCGCGUGCUCUGCUCUGAGUCGCUCGCGGCCUCACGCGCAUCGGCUUCUCGGCCUCAUGGCCGGGCUGACCCUGUUUGUGAGUCGCCUCCCUCCUUCGGCCCGCAGUGAGCAGCUGGAGGAACUGUUCAGUCAGGUGGGGCCGGUGAAGCAGUGCUUCGUGGUCACUGAGAAAGGGAGUAAGGCAUGUCGAGGUUUUGGCUAUGUCACUUUCUCUAUGCCGGAAGAUGUCCAGAGGGCCCGCAAGGAGAUUACUACCUUUGAAGGCUGCAAGAUCAACGUGACUGUUGCCAAGAAAAAACUGAGGAGCAAGUCCAGGGAGAAGGGGGAAAAUGAAAAUUCAAAGUCCCCAAAGAAGGAACCAAAGCCUAAAAAAGCCAAAGUGGCAGAUAAAAAAGCCAGAUUAAUUAUUCGGAAUCUGAGCUUUAAGUGUUCAGAAGAUGACUUGAAGACAAUAUUUGCUCAAUAUGGAACUGUCCUGGAAGUAAACAUUCCUAGGAAGCCAGAUGGAAAGAUGCGGGGAUUUGCUUUUGUCCAGUUCAAAAACCUCCUGGAAGCAGGAAAAGCCCUCAAAGGCAUGAACAUGAAAGAGAUAAAAGGGCGGACAGUGGCUGUGGAUUGGGCUGUAGCAAAGGAUAAAUAUAAAAAUACCCAGUCUGUCUCUGCUGCAGGUGAGGAAAAGACGCCUAAACCUAAGCAGGAAUUAGGUAAAAAGAAUGGCAGGGGAAGAGAGGGUAUGGAAGAGGAAGAUGAUGGUGAUGAUGAUGGUGAUGAUACGGAAGAGGACCAGGAGGAGGAGGAUGAAGAAGAGGAGGAGAAGAAAGAACCAAAGGUGGCCAGGCCUGUGUCAGUUCCAAAGAGAACAAUCAAGAGGGCCUCUGUGCAAAGCAGCGAGGAGGACUCUGACGAGGACAGUGACCUGGAGGAGAAAGACAGUGUUGACAGCGGGGAGGAACUGACCGAGAGUGAUUCCGACGCUGAAGAGCAGGAGGAUGAAGAUGUUCAAGCCUCAAAGAAAAAGAAAAGGAAGUUACCCUCUGAUGUGAAUGAAGGCAAAACUGUUUUUAUCAGAAACCUGUCCUUUGACUCAGAGGAAGAAGAACUUGGGGAGCUCCUCCAGCAAUUUGGUGAUCUUAAAUAUGUCCGCAUCGUCUUGCAUCCAGACACAGAGCAUUCUAAAGGUUGUGCAUUUGCCCAGUUCACGACUCAAGAAGCAGCUCAGAAGUGCCUUGAGGCUGCUUCUCUAGAGACUGAGGGUGGCGGACUUAAACUGGAUGGCAGGCAGCUCAAGGUGGACUUGGCAGUGACCCGUGAUGAGGCUGCAAAGCUCCGGACAAAGAAAGUGAAGAAGCCAACUGGAACCCGGAACCUCUACCUGGCCCGAGAAGGCUUGAUUCGUGCUGGGACUAAAGCUGCAGAGGGUGUGAGUGCUGCCGAUAUGGCCAAAAGAGAACGGUUUGAGCUAUUGAAGCAUCAGAAACUCAAGGACCAGAAUAUCUUUGUCUCCCGGACCAGGCUCUGCCUACAUAAUCUUCCAAAGGCGGUAGAUGACAAACAACUCAGAAAACUGCUGCUAAAUGCCACGAGCGGGGAGAAGAGGGUGCGCAUCAAGGAGUGUAGGGUGAUGCGAGACCUGAAAGGAGCUCAUGGGAAAAAUAAGGGUCAGUCCCUGGGCUACGCUUUUGCUGAGUUCCAGGAGCACGAACAUGCGCUGACAGCCCUACGCCACAUCAACAACAACCCCGAAGUCUUUGGGCCUCAGAAGAGACCAAUAGUGGAGUUCUCUUUGGAAGAUCGAAGGAAACUUAGAAUAAAGGAACUAAGGAUACAACGCAGCCUGCAAAAAGUGAAACCUAAGUCCUCAGCUGAGCCCCAGCAGGCGCAACGAGAGCUUGGAAAAGACAAGCAGAAGAAAGUAGGCCGAAACCAUGGCCAGAAGCAAAGCAAGGCCCCAGAGCAGAGCGGGAAGGCAGGUGCCAUCUCCUGGACUGGGUUCCAGACCAAGGCCGAAGUGGAGCAGGUAGAGCUGCCAGAUGGAAAGAAGAGAAGAAAGGUUCUGGUGCUCCCCUCUCACCGAGGCCCCAAAAUUAGGUUGCGGGACAAAGGCAAAGUGAAGUCUCUCCCUCCCAAAAAGCCAAAGCCCCAGAUGAACCAGUGGAAGCAAGAGAAGCAGAAAUCAUCUUCUAAUCAGGUACCUAGGAAAAAAGCAAAGGGAAAUAAGACAGAAGUUCGCUUCAAUCAACUGGUCGAACAAUAUAAGCAAAAAUUAUUGGGACCUUCUAAAGGAGCGCCUCUUGCAAAGAGGAGCAAAUGGUUUGACAGUUGAUGCCAGCAGCCUUGGUGAGAAGCUGGACUGUAUGCUUCUUGGUAAAGCUCCCUUCUCCCCACCAGUAUGAUAAGAAACCCAAGUGCAUGCCACACGGCGGGUGGCCCCCUGUACUGUGCACAUCUGAACUUUGAUCCCUCCCUGGUGUGUGGUUAAUUAACCACAAAGAGAAACAUCAAAACAAUGUCAUUGCUUCUUGCAUAUUAUCCAGAUUAUUUGUGAACUUGUGUCUUUAAUUAUUUCCCAUUUUUAACUCUAUUUCCCAAAUGGAACCCAUUGUAAAAAGCAUCCUGAGUGCCAAAUUUUUAAGAUGUACAUUUUGUUGUGUCUUCUGUAUAUGAGAUAUUUUGUGGCUUUUUGAUUAACAGACUGUAUCUCAUUUCUAAUAUAUAUAGAUCUUUUAUUUAUGGACAUUUUUUAUAUCCCUAAUAUGAAUUCUGUUAGGUACUCCUUCAUACUGCAGAAUUAUUAAGAGCAGAGAAAAAUGAUUUCCAGUGUAAUCUGAGGUUAAGAGAAACUGGAAAGUAACUGAGGGCCAUGGGGCCGUGGGGCCUGCAGAGAGUGACACUUGAUCAUUGUUUGCUGAACAAGUGGGUGAUUGUGGGUAUUUGACUGGGAUCAGUUUGCAGCGGCCUGUGCCAACCUGGCUGGUGAGAACCUGCACUUCCUCUUAUUGAGGGUCCCGUCUCGAGAACUUAGAGGGAAUGGGUGAUACUGAGAGAGCAUGAGGCCUGGCCUUUACUUGGUGGGUAGCCUGGAAGCAGACACAGAUUCUCUGGACCUUAGUGUCCUCAUGUGUAGAAUAAGGAAUUUAAGUUUUCUGAUUGUUCCAGCUCUUUUUCUAACUCAUCUAUAUUGAUAUUUUUUCUUUUUUAAUCUUAGAGUAGAUGGGUUUAAUUACUUUUUAAAAGUUUAAAGGUGUCACGGAAGCUGGGAGGAAUGAUGAAUAUUAGAGUGUCAAGGGCCAAAAAUCAUGGCAGCCUGAAGGCCUAGACUGAACCUGGUAAGAUGUGAAUUAUUGGGAACAAAUGUUGAAAACCCUCCUGCACAAGUUCUGGUGGGAGAGCUUGAGUCAAAUUUAUAUUGCGAAGCAAUAAAUGGCCACCCCAAGGGUGACAGGACUGUUGGGUUGUGUUCAUAGAGGUGGGGUGUCUUGAGUUGGCCAGGCCACCCCUGUGAGACUGUGUCAUGACCAAGUUGGUGAAGGAAAUUAAAAAUGUCAGAUGGAAACAAAACUGAUCAUGAGUUGACUUGUUGAAGCUGGUCCUGGGUAAGUGGA